CGGCAAACAGCAGGAUACACGCAGCGCAAACUCACCGAAGGGUAGUAACAAACCACAACCCAAACGAGCUCCACUCCAUGGGGUUCUUCGCCGGAGCCGCGCGUUUCCUGGUGCUCCUCCAGAUCGCUCUCUUCGUCAUCUCUGCCGUGAUCAUCAGCGGCCCCGUCUGCAACGGAGCACGCCCAGGACUCGGUGGUGGUGCUCUGGACCCCGGUAGUCCUGUGUGCGUCGGUGGACGGUGCGCACCAUCUGGCCAGCCCUACACUCGCCCUGGGUGCGGCACCGUGUACAAGUGCCCACCAGGUGCUCAGCCCUAGCGCCCGCAGACCCCGCCUCCCCAACAAUGGAGUAAUCGCACUCCCACGGCGUGGAUGCAUGGCUCUGUCUUGUUCGCAGUACCAGUUACUAUCAGGAUCUUAUACUGAACCUAAUAUCAUCUCGUGUGGGCGCACUGAUAUGAAUGAUGGUUCGGUUCAGAAAUAAAGAUGAACGGUGUUCCCAUCUAGUAUUUGCCAAAAUAAAGAUGGGCAGUGAGUGAGCACUGUCUUGUUACCUCGACUCAA